AAGAAGAAGCCACACCAAAUCUUGCUUUUCAGCUUCCGCCACUAAUUAAAGCCUGAGCUUUUGUCGCCUUGGACUUACAGCAGGAUCAGAAAGGAAAUCUCUUUCACCGCGAUAUCUGGUCGUCUUUGCUGUAUCUCUCUGGCGCUUGUGCAUUCCACAUUCAGUAAGCAAUGUGCUUUUAAGUAACGUGAGCUUUAUCACGAAAUUGACGAGUUCGGUCUCUUUAUAGUCGAUUGCGUCCGUGACCCCUGUUUACAUGGAUCGCAGUGAGAUCUCGUGAACAUGGCCAUGACUCCUGUGGGUUGUCCGACGCAGACUCGCAGCAGGACAUUUGUUUGACUUUCCAGUUUCAAGUCAUUUUUAUUUGCCAUGGAGGACUUGCUUUCUUUUUACUGCAUCCCUCUUCUGGUUGCAUCAUUGGAGCUUCUGAGGGUAUUGUUAGGUGCGUCGCUGGUGUCGUAGGUUCAUGCGCAGUAAGGGAGACUCUCUUUUGACCAUUUUUCUUCAUGCGCUCAAGCUUGUGAGGGCUGCUUAAGGGUGGAGCUUCUUUUUCGUGGUUUUUUUUUGUGAGGAAGAGGGCGCAUUGAGGAUGGUGAUCCGACUCUCGCCAGAUCUGUUGACUUCCAUCGUAGCGAUUCCACACUUUUUUUCUUUCUUUCUUUUUCCUCUUUUGUAGCUGUUUCGAAAGCAUGAGUCUGGGCCGAUUCUGCGAUCGUCUGGCCCCUUUUUGAAGAUGAGUAGCAUCCUUUUGGGAAAGAAAUUCUGCGUGACGCUGCUCUGGUGUGGUUGGAGUAGCAGCUGACACGAACUUGCAAAUCCUCCCAUGGAAUAUUGUUGCAGCGGUCAGGGAAUAUCUUUAGUUGCAUAACACGAGCAGUCUGCGGUGGUAUUUGUCACAGAAAGUCGAAGAUUCUUCGGGGAGUUGCUUUUAAGUUAAUGAUGACUGGAGUUCAAGAAGUAAUCGCAGAAAGAACAACCAUCUGUUUCUAAUGUAGCAAUAAGCCUCGAUACAUUGGUUGAAGUAAUCGAUACAUGGUUCAGAGGUUUUAAAUACAAAAGGAGAUGGAACUUGUUUUAAAUACUAAUUUGCAAUCUGAUAUUAACAUUUAGUUUAGUACAUAAGAAGAUCAAUGAGUGUGCAUCCCUCGGCUCUAGCGGCAAUGGUGCGGAAAUCUUUGAAACCAGAGGUGCCAGCGGGGUCUGUUAAACUGAACUCUUUCCUAGUUUCCAAACCUCGGAAAGUUUCGGAGUUUGCAAAACACAAAAAGUUGAAAGAGACGGGUUCCAAAAAAUCAAAGAAAACACGGCAGAGCAAUUCUGAGCCAUCAAUUGCGAAACCGCAACUCUCAUCCAGUGCUGAAGAUCCAGUUCAGCGGAAACUGGUGGGGGAAAAGACAGCUGAAUCUAUAAACCUUAUUUCUGCUAGCAUAGAAAGUUAUUGUGCGGAUCCAGUUCAUAAUGAUCUUCUGUCAGAACUGGUAGGAACGAAACCAGUGCCGAUGAUCAGCUCUUCUCAGUAUCACGUACUUACAGUGGAUGACAGCCGUAUUGAUCAAAGAGUUGUUGAAAAGCUUCUUAUGACAUCGUCAUUCAAAGUUACCACUGUAAACAGUGCUUUGAGGGCUUUGGAGCUCCUCGGACUUUCAGAUAGCUGCCCCAGUUCUGUCAAGAAGCCAGAUAUCAAUUUAAUUAUGACGGAUUACUGCAUGCCGGAGAUGACUGGUUACGACCUUCUAAAACGAGUGAAGGCUGACACAUCAGCAUUGAAGGAAAUUCCUGUCGUGGUCAUGUCUUCAGAAAAUGACAGUAUUCGCAUCGAGAGAUGCCUAGCGGAAGGUGCCGAGGAAUUUAUCAUCAAGCCGGUCCAAAUGGCAGACGUAAAACGGUUGCGGGGCCAUUUAAGGCCUGUCAACAGCACUUCGGGAUCUUCUUCAGCAACUGCCAGUGGAAGCUCAGAUUUUACUUGUGGGUCCAAGAGGAAAGCGGAGUCAUCAGACCCCCAAGAAGUGAACAGUUAUGAGAGAAAGCCCCACCCGAGUGAAGUAUCUGUUGCAUAACCUCAAAACUUGGUUCUAUCUCUCAGGAUUGGGCUUUAUGGUCUGUUUCUGGAUGCUUGAGGUUUGCCAUCCGAAUGGAGACAAACUCCACAAGAAUUAUAAUUGUCUUUGGUUGUUAAAGCAACCCGGAACACCUUGUUUCGUGCCUCGUUUAUACGAGUCACUAUUCUUUAGAAUGAUAAAUUUGUCGACAAAUUAACAUAUGUAAAUAGACGAGCCAUGCAUUGGAAAGGUAAUAUGAUGCUAUGCAACGUUCUUUAGGGAGGUUCUGGGGUGUAAGAAGUGCAGACAAUUUUUGUAGAUGGAGAAACCAUUCAAGUGUGUGUAGAGGAGGGAAAUUUCGAAACAGUGGGUUUUGAGCUUUGCUUAUUCUUAUACAUUCUAUUUAUUAAGAGAGUUACCACUGAUCUUUCCCAUUAACAGUGUGAUGAGUCUCUGGCAUUCGCCUGGUUUGCUGAUAAAAUACCACGAUAUGAACUCACUUACACUUAAUCGAGAUUACCCAGUGUAGCUAUGUGAUUUACACACAUUAUUUUUCUUAGCGAGCAAACAAGAGCCUAUUAACUUGUGUCAUGGCAGACAUGACGAAGUGAAGAGCCUCACCAGCAGAAGAGGUUUUAAAAAUGUACUUAAAGUACAACUGGUGACAAGGCUGUGAUUUUCAGAUUCGUCCAUACGAUAUGCCGAGCCUCUCAGAACAUGUAGAGCGCCUGCACUCAAUGAGAUUGGAUUGGGAAUGUGAAUAUCCUCUGCGAUUCUCUUUGAUGUGGGAGAAUGAGAAGACAUCGACGAUCUCGCAUCCCGCAGCUCCUCUGCAGGAUUGAGGUUGUCGAGGUAUCCUUGACCUCUAUUGUUGAGGUUCUGGAGAUCGGAGAUUGCAGACUCUAAUUGUGUUAAUUGGUCACUGACGGAAACUUGUUCUUCAAGGUUAGGGCUUUGGAGAUGGGAAAUAGUCGAUUCUUGCUGCAAAUCUUCUAUAGAUGAAGGAGAAUUUUGAGUUGACUCUUGCAUCGCCAUGGUAGCCACAAUUGAAGGCAUCUCGGAAGUAGAUUCGUCCCGCACAAUGUCGGUGGUGCUCUCAGUAAAUAUAAGUUCCACAGAA